CCUCUAUUAUUUUCGAGGAGUCCCGCGCUCACCUUGCGUCUCCUUCUUGCGUCGGUGGUUGGGGCCUUGUCCUCCCCCCUCCCUCAGGAUGUCGGAACAGACGGGCUUGGUGAUGCCGCAGAGCCUGGACAGGAGCUGUUGGGUGUGUUUUGCCACUGAUGAAGAUGACAGAACAGCAGAGUGGGUGCGACCAUGCCGGUGUAGAGGCUCAACGAAAUGGGUUCACCAAACGUGUCUCCAGCGCUGGGUGGAUGAAAAACAGAGAGGAAAUAGUACAGCCAGAGUUGCCUGUCCUCAGUGCAAUGCAGAAUACUUAAUAGUGUUUCCAAAACUAGGUCCAGUUGUUUAUGUCUUAGAUCUAGCAGAUCGUCUUAUCUCUAAAGCCUGUCCGUUUGCUGCAGCUGGAAUAAUGGUGGGCUCUAUCUACUGGACAGCUGUUACUUAUGGAGCUGUAACAGUGAUGCAGGUUGUGGGCCAUAAAGAGGGCCUUGAUGUUAUGGAAAGAGCUGAUCCCUUAUUUCUUUUAAUUGGACUUCCCACUAUCCCAGUUAUGCUUAUAUUGGGAAAGAUGAUUCGCUGGGAAGACUAUGUGCUUAGAUUGUGGCGCAAAUAUUCUAAUAAACUACAGAUACUCAACAGUAUAUUCCCAGGGAUUGGAUGUCCUGUUCCUCGUAUUCCAGCUGAGGCCAACCCUCUGGCAGAUCACGUCUCUGCUACUCGUAUCCUGUGUGGAGCUCUGGUCUUUCCCACUAUCGCUACAAUUGUUGGCAAGCUGAUGUUCAGCAGUGUUAACUCCAACCUUCAAAGGACAAUUCUGGGUGGAAUUGCUUUUGUUGCAAUAAAAGGAGCUUUCAAGGUCUACUUCAAACAGCAGCAAUAUUUGCGACAAGCUCAUCGGAAAAUUUUGAACUAUCCUGAGCAAGAAGGCGCUUAAACGGCCUUGGAUUUCAGACUCUUUAACAAUCUCAUUGACUAUAUUCAGUAGCAUUGUUCCAGUUUCAUUAUUUGGCUACAGGAGCAGAGAUUGGAGGACAUGCUGCUGAAUGUUGUGUUAUUGUUUUUCCUACAUAGACUAAUAAAGGACUUUAUUAUGGUAGGAUGAAUCCUCUUUAGUUGUUGAGGGCAAGAAUGUAAUUUGUUUCCAUCAAUGCAUUUUCUUUGUGGCGGAAGACAUCUAAACCAUUUUCCUAUGGGCAAAUCAUUGCCUUUUUUUGAAACCGAAGCCAAACAGCUGUAAAGUUAAUACACUGUACUGAAAUAUCUUUUUGUAUGCUUAUUGCAGUAAAUGCACAGUACUUUGCUACAUGGGCCAAUGUCAGAGACAGUUUGUUUUUUACUUGCCAAGUGUAACUCUAAUGUGAAUGAAUACAGUUCCUUCUCUCAUUCAGUGUUGAAGAUAAACAAUGAACAUGAAAGUCAGAACCUAAAACCUGCUUGAAUUCAUGAUCACAAAAGUUAACGUAUUUUCUUUUCUAGUGUAUGCCACAGCCUAGAUUACCAGUGUUUUUUUUAAAAAAAAAAAAUGGACAUGCCUGGUUUUGAUAAGCACCUGGAAGACCUACACAUUGUUUUUUUUUUUCUUUUAAUGUUUCCAUCAAAUUGCAUUCUUUCAGCUCUUUGGUUGUAUUGCAAAGUUGUACUAUAUAUAAUUGACUGUUUGCCACCUGUGAAAUUGAAAAACUGAAUUUCACUGGGAGUGUAACAAGUUGCAAUAUUAGAGCCAUUGUUUAGUGUUAGUAUCCUGCAAAGCCAUGGCCAAAAUUGUGGAAUUACUAUUACGUCAAGCUAAAUCUAGAUGCAACAAUUCUCAAAUCAUUUCUGGUAUCAUGCAUGUGUGCAGAGCAAAAGAUAAACAUUCAGGUAUGAAUGUUAAGAUUAGAUUUCUUAAAAGGAAAGCCUGGUUUACGGAAAUAGUUUCCAGAUCUUUCUUAUGUCUGUCUCUCACCUUAGCUUUCUGUCUAGACAUCUGUUUUCCGUAAGUGUCAACAGGCAGGAAUGGGCUACUUUGAUGAGUCGGCGGUUGAUUCCAUGCUCCCACUGUAUGAAUUGGAUGGCAGACUAGGAAAUCUAUAUUUCAAACAAGCAUUUUGCGUGUUUCGAAUGGCUUCUUGUGUCUUGCAGCUAAUGAAAGUCAUAGCAAAAUGUUAUAAGGCAUGGAACAGCAACAAGCUGCUUGCUUUGAAUGGAAUUUGCCAGGUUUGCCAUUGAAAUUAGCUGGCAUCAUUUGCUGUCAGAUCCUAGGAAGAUUUACAGAAAUUAUGAGGAAGGAUGCAAGCAUCCCAUAGACUACGUUGCACACCUUUGUGCAAACUAAAGGACAGCUCUUUGUAAAUACAUAGAAUGGGAGAUUUCAAUUCUGAAUACAUACAUGCGUGAGUCCUGUUCCAAUCAGUGGUGGAUUGCCUGUUAAAUGUCAGAAUUGAGUACUAUAUGGGAGAUACUUUAAGCUGCACUUUUUUUGAUUAUGGGUUUAGUGUGUUACUGUUAAAUGUUUGGAUCUGUACAAAUACAAUUGUACCUAUAUAAGAAUCACAUCAUUUUAGGUUUACAGGUGGUAUUUAUUUGGGCACAUUGAGCGAACCAAUGUUCUCUACUCAGAUUUUGGCAGUAUAUAUAUAAAACAUUGUGAUAGGGAUUUUUUUUCUUUUUAAGUACUAGUAAACAAAAACCUUAAUAAGAAAUGAAACAAUGCUUAAAAUGAACUUUGUGUUUUCAGUAAUAAUUUUCCAUCCCAAGCAUUACUUUAAAAAACUGAAAUAUAGUGUUUUAAAAGUGUAAAAAUGUACAUAAUGACCAACUAGUAUUCAGUAAUGAAUUUGUGUGAGAAAAAUCUAAAGCAUAGGAAAUAUUUUCUUGUCAUAAGUACUCAGAAAACUGCAAAAGCCUUUUGUCAGUUGGACUCUUGCUACGUAUUUAUACAUGCAGCACUAUAUUGCAAAAUCCUGACUUUCUAUAGGGUGGGUUUUCAGUGCUAUAGAACAUUUUUUUGCAGAAAUCCUCAUUGCCAGAAGCCUUCUAGGUGGUCUUUAUAGGAUAUAUACCAGCCCUUUGUUAUCUUCUGAUUUUUUAAAUCUCCCUCUCUAACACAGAAUAGAAGUUAACGGUGCAAUGGUUUGGUUUGGAAUUUGUCCUGUGAUAAAAACUGCUGAAAUUAUUGUAUAUCACUACAAAUGUACUGUGAAGAAUGUGAGACUAUUAUUUUAAAUUCAGUAGCAAAAACAUUACCUUGGUUACUGUGCUGUUAAAAUGUUUUUAGUAGUGCAGUUUAUGGUCACAUCUUGGAUUAGACUGAAUAAACUUUUUUUACAUUC